GCAGCGGCGCAGCAACUUUCACCCCCUCCAUCGGAAUUAGCCUACACCGGAGGGGCAGCCUCACCAUCUACAUCCAUCUCGCUCCUUCCAUCCUGUUUUUUUUUUUAAGUGGCGGAUGUCAUGCCACCGGAUUUUUCGUCUUUACUAGCCACAGGCAAUGAUAUAAUUCAUUGGAUCCUUGGCAAUUGAUUAAAAGGACAUUCGUCUUGGCGCCAGCGUUAAAGAGAUGGGGAUAGUCCUCUACCACACCCGUUUGCUUCUGUCAACCAUGUCUGGAUUCCACCAAUCACUGUCCUGGAUCUUUGGGAGCAGCAAUGGCAUCCUACGCCUCUCUUACUGAUUGGAUAGAUUUGUAGGAUGCGUUCUCUGCGUAAGACGGUGUUGUUGGCACUGGUAGCUUCUGUGGUCCUGGUUUUGGCAGUGCUACACUCAUGGCCCACCCGGGCCUACAGCACCGUGGACCUCCGGCAGAGACCAGGGCCUAGAGUGGAACGGCUGCUGGAGGAGAGACUCCCAGAGCCAGACCCCAGUGCUAGCACAGUCCCAUAUCGUGUGAGAGAGAGUGUAGCUGGGCUUCUGGCACGUAAUGAUUGUGUGUGUGAGGGUGAGAGGGGAGGGGUGAACUUACCAUUCGCUCAACUGCUGUUCCCACGAGUGUCUGCCCGUCCCCUGCACACCGCAUUCCAGCCCUCCCAGCUCGAUGAAAUGAAGAGACGGCGCGCCAAAGAGUACCAAGGCUUCCAAAUGAGAUCACAGACCCCUGCUGAUUUGCUGAUUGUAGCUGAAGCAAAUAGCCCACUGCAAUACCCAACACAGGGUGUGGAAGUGCGGCCGCUCAAGACGAUCCUUAUACCAGGCUUGGCCUUAAAAGACCUGCCCAGAGACGUUUUCACUCUGAAUUUCUCAGCAUCUCUGGGCACGUUUAACGUGGCGGCAGAUGUAGAGGGGGUAAAGGUCAGAGGUGAUGGUGAGAUGCAUAUGAGCUUAAGCAGCUGCCUCUUACCCAACCUGAACCGCCAGCUUCAGUUCAUCACUUAUACUAACACACUGUUCCACCCCAGCACUGCAGAUACAGUGCAGUUAGAGACUGAAGGACAUCAGGCUCUUUUCACCAUCAAAAUCCGUCAUGGAGUCACACCCAAACUCUACAACACUGGCUCAGAUGCAGACAGAGAAUACAACAUCAGCGCUCUUGUCACCAUAGCCACCAAAACCUUUCUGCGCUAUAACAAGCUCCAGGACCUGAUUGACAGUAUACGACGGUACUACCCAACAGUUAUCAUAGUAAUAGCGGAUGACAGUGAAAAUCCAAAAAUGGUGUCUGGCCCGUACAUAGAGCAUUACAUCAUGCCAUUUGGGAAGGGUUGGUUUGCAGGUCGUAAUCUGGCCGUCUCACAGGUCACCACUAAGUAUGUGCUGUGGGUGGAUGAUGAUUUUAUCUUUACUGCCAACACCAAACUGGAGAAACUGGUGGACGUGCUGGAGAAAACCACACUUGACCUGGUUGGCGGUGCGGUGCGUGAGGCUACAGGCUACACUGCCACCUACAGGCAGACCAUCUCCAUAGAAGCUGGAGAAGAGGAAGGGGACUGCCUGCACGUGAGGCGUGGGUUUCAUCACAUCAUACAAGGCUUCCCCAACUGUGUGGUCACUGACGGAGUCAUUAACUUCUUUCUAGCCCGGACAGACAAAGUGCAACAGGUGGGCUUUGACCCACGGCUAGCCCGUGUCGCCCACCUUGAGUUUUUCAUCGAUGGACUGGGUUCACUCCACGUUGGCUCAUGUGAUGAUGUCAUUGUGAAUCACGCCACCAAGAUCAAGCUUCCUUGGGGCCAAUCAGAAAGCGACAAAACCUACGCCAAGUUCCGUUACCCUCCAGCAUCUUCUGACGCCACACAUACCAAAAACGGCCUCCUGUACUUCAAGAACCGCUUCCAGUGUCUCACACACAACUGAACACACUCUUCCACUGCUCCCUCACUCUCCUGCUCUCUCUCUCUCUCUUUGUCUUCCUCUCUCAAAAGGCCUCUCUUUUUCAGAGUAGCUAAAGAGGGUCUUUGAGGGGUCUCGGGGUGGUGUGUGAGUGUGCGUAUGUGUGUACAGUCUGCUGUGUAGUCCCUUUCCCCCAUUUUAGUGUGGGAAUGUUUAAAAAUAGUCCUCUCCUUUUGGAGGGGCCAUAAACAUCAUUAAUUGUGACUGACAGGUGAGAGAUGCCAGCUUUUUUUGUUGUUACUGUUGUUGUUUUUAAUAAUUAAAUAGUUGAGGUCAUAUUUUUAUGUCUUGUUUCAAUCAAUUUUAUUUUUGUUUACAAGAAUCCUUUAGAUACAGAUCAUUCCUUACCAUUUCUCUGCUGUCAGUCAUGGUUAAAUAUCAUUCUGCUCAAUGUUUUUAAGGGAAAUUUGGAGUUUUUCCUCAAUAGAAUUACUAUAACAGAAAAAAACUUCUUUAUCUGAAACUGAAAAGCUAAAGAGGUAGAUGUUUGGACAAUGGAUGAAAGGCAAUGCAUUGAGGGAGACAGCCUCUUAAGGGCAUUCCACUAACGGACUACCGCCUCAGCACACUCAGUUCCUUCUUGGAGUAUAGAGUGUUUGUGUGUGUGUGUGUGUGUGUGUGUGUGUGUGUGUGUGUGUGUGUGUGUGUGUGUGUGUGUGUGUAUUGAUGUUUGAGGGCCUUCUCUCUGUACGUUUGCACUAAUAUACAAAUGGACUCACUUGAGAGACUGGACCCUGAGCUUGACCAGAGAGGGAAAAAAAGAACAAGGCCAUAAAAACCAGCUUAGACUUUAGACUCCACCCCCCCCAACCCACUUAUUCCCUGUCUCUCUGUUUCUCUCUCUCUCUCUCUCUCUCUCUCUCUCUCUCUCUCUCUCUCUCUCUCUCACACUCACACUCACACAGACACACACACUCACUCUCUCUCUCUGUUAUUUGUUUCUUCGUCUCGCGCUGUUUGCCAGUCUAUGUUGCCACCCCUCGCAAUACAGUUCCACGUUGCCAAAGGCCUGCCCUGGUUCUGCUCAUUGUUUUUAUUUGUUAAUUUAUUUGUUUGUCUCUAUAUGACAGGAGUCUUGUUCAGAAGACUGAAGCAUGUAGUCUGGUUUCCAUAGCAGCUAGCCUGUGGUCUCCUCUGUUGUGUAACAGUGUGAUGCCCUGCUUGUCCUGGGUUUGAUUAAACUGGGUUUAGUCCAGGGCUAGAAUGACACCUUACCGCAGUACCAAAUCAUCAGGUUUUAUAAGCAAAGUCUUGGGCAAACUUAAGUCUAGCAUUUUCAGUAUAAUUUCUGUCUGCUGCAUUUAUAUAUUUUUAAACAUUUCACAGUACCUAGAAUAGAACAGAAAACCCAUUGACUCAAAACUCAUGUGUAAUAGAAGCCAGUGCUAAAUUCUAUGAGUAAACAAAUUCAAAACUACAACUGUGAAGAUCUAAUAACACAUAUACUGUACCAAAGCCAUUCUUAUAAAGGUUUAUCCAACUUGUGAACACUAGAACAACACAGUAUAAAUUUGCUUUCCCUACGUUUUCCUCACCUGGAAACUCUUGUGAAAACUCUGCCCACACCACCAAGAAGUGGUAAUAUAUUACAGGAUAUUGUUACCUUUGGAAAAUUAGUACCAUCUCUAUUUAAUACCUUUAAAUGCAUGAAAGUGUUUAGCAAAAAUAGAGUGCAGUGCAAAACUGAAUUUAACAGCUGGCCGAUAAAGGUGAGUAGUAAUUAAUUACAUUUACUCAGAUACGUUUGAUCUAUUUGUAGUAUUUUGAGUACUUUUAGAUGAUAAGCACCUGGCUUGUAACUCACUCACUUGAUUUGCAGACUGAAGAUUCUCCUCAAGGGGGCCCUAUUAGCACUCAAAUUUUGUUUUGCUUUGUUUCAGUGAUAUUGUGUGUGCUUGUUAAAUAAUAACCCUUUUACUUCUACUCACAUAGAUUUGCAAGGAAAAGAAUUUACUUUUUGCUCAGUUAUGUUUUAGUCAUUAAUAUUUAGCUGCUAAUUCCUUUUUUUAUUUCAUUUUAGAAGCUUCUGCAUUUAGAGCCUCUGCAGCUCCUAAUGAUGAUAGAUGCUGAAUGUACUAAUAAGCUCCACUCCUUUGAAUCUUUCUUUGACCUAAUUUUGUAUUUACAUUUAAUUUGUUAUUAAGAGGUACUUUUAUUUUGUCUGAGUUAUUUUUUCAGAGAAGUAACAGUACUUUUUUUUGAAUGUGCAUUUAGGCUAGUCUGUCCACCUCUAUUGCCUACUUCUAUUGUAAAUGCAAAUAAAGUCAUUGGGUUUUCUGUUGUUUUUAUGUACAGGGUUAAACAUAUUUAACUUAUUUCCAAUGAUCACUAUCAAUUGCAAAACCUCCUAGUUAUGUCCAGUAUGUAUGGUGGUGAAGUAGUCUUUUUUGAACAUGAAUUGUAUUCAGUCUUUUAUGGGAAUGCAUGGUCAUAGUCUCAGGUGCAACAGAAUCAGAGUAGGAUAGCAUAUCUAAUAAUAUUAUUCUGAAAAUGACUUGCUAACUGGAAGUAACUCUGUUCUGUCCCAGUGACCACAAAUAUUUCACCUUUCUAUCCUAACUGUCCACUGAGUAUGAAGCCCUUUCCUUAUUUCCUCAUUCCGGCAUCCAAGAACAAGAGCAUGAGCACUCAGGUGCAGGUUAAAUCCCUUUCCUUGUGAUGUCCAUGCUGGAAGUGAUACAGUGCAAUCAUUUCAUGUUUUUUCCAUAUGCGAGAUGUGUAUGGGUGCAUGGAUCAACAUGGAUUUUGAACUCUGGACUGGAACGAACUGCUGUUUGUCCAUUAAGGCCUUGAUAAGGGAGAAACGGAAGUGACAGGAUGUGUGUUUGUGUGUAUGUUCUUUUUACUUCUCCUUUAAUAUCCUGGCUGAGGAUGGAGGUGCAUGGCUGUGUGGGGGUGUUUUCAGAGAGGGAGGGCCAAGGAUAUGCAUUGUUUUGUUUGCUCUAAAAUAAAAUCUGUCAUUUUUAUGAGUUGAGACUACUGUGACCUUGUAGUUUUGACCUUGUCAUUUUACCACCAGGUGGCUCCCUCUGUCUGAAAACAUAAAAAUGGGCUUGUAUGUACCAAAACUGAAGCUUUGAAAACUAUUUGGCUCUGGGCAAGAAGUUUAUGUUGGAAGUGCCUCUUCUCCUAUUCAGAUUUCCAAAUGUAAGGACCAAGAACAGAACAUGAAGGGAAUGGGAAAAAAAAUGGUUUGGGAUUUUAAAAAAAUGAUAUUAGAGUGUUUUGAGAUCUAGGAGAAAAGGCAAGCUGUGCCUGUGAUGAACCUCAGCUGGUUUGAGCUUGGCCAAAGCAUUUAGAGGAAUAGAGGAGCUCUUAAAGGGACACUUUGGUAAUGGAUGAUAGUCAACAUGUAGUAUUUUGAUUCCAUGAUGCUGUGUGCUGUCUCCGUGCUUCGUCCCUCCAGCUCACUGCACUUUUUCGAUACUGCACUGACUGUCUUCACCUCUGGCUUUUUCACUGUGUCUGCAUGGACCAUGGAGACUCCUCGUUUCAGUUGCUGUUUUGUAUAACCACCACUAGGUGGCUGCCCUGUGUCUAUAAAUGAGAAUUCAAGCAUUACUAACUGAUCAACAUUUCUAAGGAAGUUCAUGUAGUAUUCAAAUUCCCCAGAACCACUAGAGAGAAAAAAAACUAUGUUGUAAUGUGUCCCCUUUUGUAAAUGUAAGAGAGCAUCUGGAACUGUGUGCAAUGGAAUGAGAUAAAGUUUUCAGUAUAUAAAUUUAAAUGGCUAUAAA